AUGGUGUCUGCUAAGAGAGCGUACAACUGGUACAUCUCCCUCGUUGCAGCAUCUUGCAUGGUGCUCUACGGAUACGAUGCCUCAGUCUUCAACGCCGUUCAGGGUUCGAAGAACUGGAUUAACUACUUCAACCACCCCGAUGCCAACACCAUCGGAGCCAUCAACACUGCAUACACCGUCGGAGCUGUCGUAGCUGGUUUCUUCCUCGGUGGACCUCUCGCUGAUUACGCUGGACGUCGCAUCGGCAUGGCCACUGGAUCCGUUCUCGUCAUCAUCGCCACCUUCAUGCAAACAUUUGCACCCCGCGGAAGUAUCGGUGUCUUCAUUGCUGGUCGUGUCAUCAUCGGUCUGGGUCAAGGCCUCGCAUUGACUGCUGGCCCUAUCUACAUUGGUGAACUCGCACCUCCUGAGAUCCGUGGUAUGAUCAUGUCCUUCUGGCAGAUGUUCUACUCGGUCGGUUCCUUCAUCGCAUACUGGGUCAACUUCGCAUGCUCCAAGCACCCUCAGAAGCUCGGCGAGUGGGACUGGAAGAUGGUUGUCAUAUUCCAGAUUCUCAUGCCUAUCAUCAUCCUCUCUCAGAUCUUCUUCAUCCCUGAAUCGCCCCGUUGGUACAUUCAGAAGAGCAAGAACUACGAGUCCGCCAAGGCCUCUUUGAUGCUUGUGCGAGACACCGAGCAGGAAGUCGAAGACGAGCUCCUCAUCAUCCGCGAGGCUAUCGAGUUCGAGGCUGAGGCUAUCUCCAGCGGUUACUCUGCUCUCUGGAAGGACAAGUCCGUCCGCAAGCGCAUGUACAUUGCGAUGAUCAUCAACGCUGGCCAGCAGAUCACCGGACAGGGAACCCUCAACUCUUACUCCACCAUCAUCUACAAGAAGGUCUUCAAGGCUGCCGACACCAUUGCGCUCAUCAAUGCCCUCAACGCUACAUUCGGUAUUCUAUUCACCCUCAACGCUACCUGGACUGUCGACCGCUUUGGUCGCAAGUUCUUGUUCAUUGUCGGUGGUAUUGGCAUGGGUGUUUGCAUGGUCAUCGCUGCUUCAGUUGAGACUCAGACCCCGACUUACGAUGGCGCCAAGUCGCAGCCUGUCGGUAUCGCGAUUGUGUUCCUUAUGUUCUUGUUCGCCUUCUUCUACAAGCCUUCGUGGGGUGCCACCGUCUGGAUCUACACCGCCGAAAUUUUCUCCAUGAACGUCCGCGCUCAGGCUGUCGGCAUGUGCUCGCAGACUCAGAACGUCGCCAACUCGAUCGUCCAACAAUUCUUCCCUCUCUUCCUCCAGAACGAGGGUUUCUACGCUUUCUACAUGUUCGCAGCUAUCAACAUCCUUUUAGCUGCCUUUGUAUGGUUCUUCGUUCCCGAGACCAAGAAGGUCGGUCUCGAGGAGAUGGACGCCAUGUUCGGUGGAGCCAACCACAUCGAUGGCGGCGCUGAGCUGGAGAAGAAGCACAUUGAGCACGAGGAAUUUGCUGUUGACCCGGAGCAGAAGAACGCUGUUACCGAGCGUAGGAAUGUGUAG